AUGGUAUGCCCUUACUGCAACAAACAUGGUAUUUGCGACAAAAGUUCCAAAAGUUUACUUAAUGAUUACGAAUAUACAUGCAAAUGUAACACAGGAUGGAGAGGUCCAUAUUGCACCAUCGAUGCACGUUGUGACCCUCUCAACUGUCCUUGCUAUGGACCAGAUAACAACUACACGUGUGAUUGCCCCAACGGCUAUAGAUUUGUGGAUAAAUGUGUUGAUAUAAAUGAAUGCAACUUGAAAACAACAAACAACUGUUCUCAAGCUUGUGAAAAUACUAUUGGGAGUUACAAAUGCUCUUGCAACAAAGGCUAUUUAUUGGUCAACAAAACAGAAUGCAUCAAUCUAGACGAAUGCGCCCUUUCUCUUCAUAAAUGUGAUCAGAUUUGCAAAGACACUGAAGGAUCUUACAAUUGCUCCUGUUAUCCCGGCUACAAAUUUAAUGGAACUUCGUGCAUAAAAGAAAUUGAUCUUUGCAACGGAACAAAUGCAUGCUCUAAUGCCAGCGGAUGUACAGUUUUGAACGGAUUAACAAAAUGUUUUUGUGACAGCGGAUUAGCAUUUAACAAUAAUACAAAUGCGUGUGAAGGUAAGCCGUUUUAUUUUCCCGUAACUGUUCCUAUAGGCCGGAAUAUCAUAAAACGAGAAUACCUGAUCAUUAUCUAUUUUUCUUUCUAUCUUUCUAUCUAUCUAUCUAUCUAUCUAUCUAUCUAUCUAUCUAUCUAUCUAGCACAGUCUCUCCAUUCUAUCAAUCUAUCUACCACACACAAUAUGUUCAUAAUAUCUAUCUAUCUAUCUAUCUAUCUAUCUAUCUAUCUAUCUAUCUAUCUUAGUCCAUUCAUAAUAUCUGUAUAUCUACCUAAAUACCUAUCACACCCUGUUCAAUCUAUCUAUCUAUCUAUCUAUCUAUCUAUCUAUAUAUCUAUCUAUCUAUCUAUCUAUCUAUCUAUCUAG